GAGAGAAUUUGUUAUUUGUGUAGAUCGCGUAUUUCUUCAUCUGGCUUCUUCCUUCCUCACAGAUCCACGGACAUUCAAAUUUGCUCGCUGGAGAUCAAUUCCGCUUCUGAUUCGCCUGAAUCUAUAACUCCUUUUUCACGGAAUAGCUUCGCAUAAGAGGUUUAAUCAUUUCAAUUCUCAAAUCCGAAACUUCUCGAGUUUUCCUCAUUAGAUGAGGCUAUUACAAUUGGCGUUUUUACUCGCUUUAGCCUCGGGAUUAACAGCCAUUCUCGUUUACUUCACCGGCAUAUCCAAACUAUAUGGAGAAUACCAGCUCGCAGAUGAAGACCUCGAAGCAUUGCAAUCGUUGCAGAGUGGUUUCCAGAAAUGUGUGAGUUCAAAUGGAUUAGGUUUACAAGCUCUAAGUGGUAGAGACUUUUGUGAGAUUACACUACAGUUUCCUAGUGAUACAGACUCCAAAUGGACAGAUCCUAAAACAGGAGAACCUGAAGGCUUGUCAUUUAAUUUGAAUCUUUGUGAAGCUGUGGCAACAUGGGAACAGGUGCGGAAUAGUACAACAGUACUUACAAAGGAGUUUAUAGAUGCUUUACCCAAUGGAUGGGAGGAGUAUGCGUGGGGGAGAAUUAACAAAGGAAUACUUCUAAACCGGUGUGAAAAUAAGACUCUUUGCAUGGAAAAGCUUUCUCUUGUGCUCCCUGAAACACCUCCAUUUCUUCCAAGGCAGUUCGGCCGGUGUGCGGUUGUUGGUAAUUCAGGAGAUCUUCUGAAGACAAGAUUUGGAAAGGAGAUAGAUGGUUAUGAAGCUGUGUUCAGGGAAAAUGGUGCACCAAUCCAGAAUUAUACAGACUAUGUGGGAACAAAAAGUACAUUUCGCCUUCUUAAUAGAGGAUCAGCUAAAGCACUCGACAAAGUUGCUGAAUUAUAUGAUGCUGGAAAGGAAGUACUGAUCAUUAAGACGACAAUUCAUGACAUCAUGAACAAAAUGAUUCGGGAAAUUCCAAUUCAGAAUCCUGUAUAUCUGAUGUUGGGCGCAUCUUUUGGUUCAGCAGCAAAAGGAACUGGGCUUAAGGCUCUUGAGUUUGCUUUAUCCAUUUGCGACACCGUGGACAUGUAUGGUUUCACUGUUGAUCCAGGUUAUAAAGAAUGGACUAGAUAUUUCUCGGAGUCUCGAAAAGGCCACACUCCUUUGCAGGGUAGGGCUUACUACCAGAUGAUGGAGUGUUUAGGACUUAUUAGGAUUCAUUCUCCCAUGCGAUCUGAUCCACAACGUGUAGUAAAGUGGGUACCUGACCAUCGAACUAUUGCUGCUGCCAGGAUUGCAUCAGAAAAAUUGUUAAGGAGGGCUGGAGCAGGAUCUAGGGAGCCACUGGGUGCAUGUGCCAUCAUCAAGAAGCAGGUUAAAAGAAAGCGUAUAGAAGUUUCCAGUCUCAGAAAAGUCACCUUUGAGCAUCAAAACUACGUAAGAGGAGCCACCAUGUACCCAUUGGAGCACAAUCCUGGACACGCUCUGCUCUGCACGGUGCCAACAAAUCGCUGAGAACUGUUUCCAUGGUUGAUCUAUGAAUACAUUCAAAUGCUCUGAGAAGGCAAGAUCUGCUGCAAGUCAACUCGGCAUUAAGAUUCUGGAAGAAUGAACAACACAAUUCUGUUUCGCCAUAUAAGUUUUUCGAGUUCUCUAAUUCCGCCACAGGUCUGUGCUGCCCCAUUGCACGGGAACUUCACGAGCGUCAACUAUAUAGGACUAGACAGGAAAUGAUGAGACCCUCACCUGCCAUAAUUUUCCCAUUCUUUUCAGCAUUGGCUGUUCUAAGUUCUAGCCACAUUGUUCUCCUUUUGUUCAAUGCGAGGUUGUUCACUGUAUCUUAAUUUCUGGUUGAAUAGAACUAUUGAUUGAACGACUUUAGUUCUAAGCACGGCGCUCAACAGCAAGAAAGGGGGGGCUAAGUUGGCUAGCACCUGAGAUGCUAUGGGUAGAGGGGCUUGUGGUAGAUAUAAUUUGUGAAUUCUAGUUACUUUCUUUGCAAAUGUUUCUUCAUCUUCUCAAAAGUAAUAUAUGCUGAAAUUUAAUGUUUCAGCCCACCUUUGAGCA